UACAUGUAGCGGAGAAACAGGCUCUGUGUGUUUCUGAGGGACUCAUCAGAGGCUUAUAUAAGAAGAGCCGUCAUGUAUGCAGGACGCAAGAGGAGAAAACCCGUCCAGAGAGCGGUGAAGCAGCCACCAGCUGAAGGGGCCAAGUCCAACCCGUCCAAACGGCAUCGGGACAGGCUGAACGGGGAGCUGGAGCGGCUGGCCAGCCUGCUGCCGUUCCCCGAGGAGGUCACCGCCAGUCUGGACAAGCUCUCCAUCCUCCGCCUGAGCGUCAGCUACCUGCGAGCCAAGAACUUCUUCUCUGUCACCCUGAACAGUCAGAACGGAGUGACUCCAGCAGGUGUGAAUGAUGACGACAGCAAAACGGCAGGAGCGGUGGAGACCAAGAUUCCUGAAGGCGAUCUAUUGCUGCAGGCUCUCAACGGUUUUGUCCUGGUUGUCACUGCCAGCGGGACCAUCUUUUACUCCUCUCACACCAUCCAGGACUACUUGGGAUUCCACCAGACUGAUGUCAUGCACCAGAGCGUGUAUGAACUGGUUCAUACGGAGGACCAGCAGGAACUCAGGAGAAACUUGCACUGGGCUUUGAAUCCUCCUCCAGCCACUGCAUCUGCCAUUACCCAGGACUCACCGCAAGAGACAGAACCAGACAGCAGCUCGUCUUUGAUCACCUACAACCCUGAUCAGCUCCCCCCGGAGAACUCAUCCUUCCUCGAAAGGAGCUUUGUUUGUCGCUUCCGCUGCCUCCUGGACAACUCCUCCGGCUUUCUGGCUUUGAACAUUCAGGGCAGACUUAAGUUUCUGCAUGGACAGAACCAGCGGCAAGAAAAUGGGGGAAAGGUCCCGCCUCAGCUCGCCCUUUUUGCCAUUGCGACUCCACUGCAGCCUCCAUCCAUCCUGGAGAUCAGGACCAAGAACAUGAUCUUCAGAACCAAACACAAGCUGGACUUCACACCCUUGGCCUGUGAUGCAAAGGGGAAGAUAGUACUGGGCUACACAGAGGCUGAACUGCGGGUACGAGGAUCUGGCUAUCAGUUCAUCCAUGCAGCAGAUAUGUUGUACUGCGCAGAGAACCAUGUCAGAAUGAUGAAGACUGGCGAGAGCGGCCUGACUGUGUUCAGGCUCCUCACCAAGGAGAAUCGCUGGAAAUGGGUCCAGGCCAAUGCCAGGCUGGUGUACAAGAAUGGCAAACCUGACUACAUCAUCGCCACCCAGAGGCCUCUUUUGGAUGAGGAGGGAGGAGAACACUUGCGUAAGCGCUCCAUGCAUCUACCCUUUACAUAUGCGACGGGAGAGGCCCUGCUCUACCAGUCCAACCAUCCCAUAGCAGGCUUUGGAGAUGGAAGCACUGAGAAAAAUGGCAGUAAGUCAAAGAAGAGCCGGACUGACAGGCUGCUGAGGGAUGGUCUGGACCCUGGCUCUCUUCUGGGGGCGCUCAUGAGUCAGGAUGAGUCGGUCUAUGUCUGCCAGCCGGCCCUGGAGCCCAAAAUGUCAUUCCAUAGCAGCUUCUUUGGAGACCAAAUGGGCUUCUCCGACUCUGAACCAUCCAGCUUGCACAAGAGCUGGGACAAGCCAAGCAAUGAUGCGCUGCGUCCGGGCAUCACGCAGGCAGGCACCAGCUUUGAUCCACUGCUGGCUACUCUGGACUCCCUCUCCUUGGAAAGCCAAGGGGUUGUGGAUUCAGAAGAGGGAGGCUGUUCAAACGGUGAGCUGUUCGGGGCUCUGGAAGGGCUGGGGCUGAGUGCAGAGGAUCUAGAGCUGCUGCUGUUGGAUGAGCGGAUGAUCAGAGUUGAGAUGGACCCUGAACGAGUGCCCACCUUGGAUGACCUGCUGACAAAUGAUGAGAUCCUUUCUUAUAUCUAUGACUCGAUAGAGGGAAAGGUUGAUUCCACAGAGCAUGGAGGACAGGCCCCUCCCAGUUCUGCUUCAGCGACAACCACAACAGUGUCACUCCCUGAAAGUAAUCUCACCUCUAACACUAAUAUGCAAAUGCAGUUUCCUCAACACAAGGCUCCCCUGGUGGAGCAGACUCCCAUUGUCCAGCUUUCCCAGCAGAUGCAACAGCACCUCAACAUGCGACCCAGUAAAGUGGUGCAUGACUGGGGUCAGCAGAGCGACCAUUUGGCUAACACAAUGGCUAAUGGAGACCUGCUGGGACAAAAUCAAUCGAUUCCCAACAGACAAUGGACAGCGCAAGACAUUCUAGUCAGUGCAGGGAUACAACUGGAACACUAUAACACACAACAGACUAUUUUCAAUGGCAAGGCCUCAGAGCUGGAUGGCAAGCUCCAUCAGCAGCAAACACAUCAACACUACCUUCAGCAGCAGCAGCAGCCCAGGAUGCAGAACCACCUCUCACAGCAGUGCCAUGCCAAACAGAAGGCAGCCAACCUCAACGGACUGUGUGGCGUCUCCUGCCCAGAGCAUUCAGCGGGAAAAUCCCAGUGGCAGGGCUAUGGGUUCAGCGAGAGUCUGGGCAGCAACCCCUGCCUUGAUAACAGCCAAAAACCUCUAACAAACACCUCACUCGAUACUUGCAUGGAUUACAGCAUGGCUGAUAUUGACAGUACGGAAUCGGAUUACACCAUUAAUGGAAGUUUGUUUGGGAGGAAUGGACAACAGCACGGGGCCGAGUCCACAGUUUCAUCAUUCCAGGGGAUGAACCAUAAACAGCAACAGGAGCAGAUCCCAGUUCCUCUGGCUCAGGUCAUCUCCAGCCUGUCGCAGUGCCCGCCUCCCAACGCCUCCCUAGAGCAGAUCCUAGGCGUGGCCAAGCCCUGCCGGCAGUUGGACCACUAUGGCAUGGUGGCCUCUGAGAUCCCUCAUGACAUCAGUCCCAAUAAGAUGGAGAAUGGAUGCAUCCUGAAAAGUACCUACCCCGGAGGCUGUGCCCUGCCUAAUAGGAAUGGAGCAGCGCCCCCUACUGUCCAGAUGCCCGGCCCUGAGACUUUGUCCAGCCUCCCCGACCCACCAGCCACCGGCUUCUACCUCUGACCAGCUGACCAGGAGCAGUCAUACAGCAGGACACUGUUAACGGCCAGAAACACACAAUGACUGGACCAGCCUUAUACAUCUAGAAAACACAACAAACCAAGCUGAAUAAACGUAGGCCUAUAUGUUUUUCUUUCUUUCAUUUGGAAUUUGUAAUAUUUCUUUUUUGUGUGCGUGUGUUGGGGGGGGGGUCAUUGUGUUGUAUUUCAAGUCAUAUUAUCAUAUGAGUCCUUUGUUUACAAUAAUGCAGUGAAGAGUGCUCAGUUGAGUUUAUAAUGAGUAAUACAGAGAGGUAGAUGCGAGUUUUUAAAGCUGAGUUUUACAAAUCUGCGUUCAGAUACAACAUAACUCACUUUUUAGAUCUAGAGACAACAAACAAGUCUCUGAACAGUUUCGGGGGGGCAGGUUCAGUACCAGUUAUCCCAUGCUCAAGAGAAAACAAGAGAAAUGGCAUUUGUCAUAUUUUGUGUGCAGUGAAAGAGGAAGAGAUGUCUGAAAAGUUUUGGAUAUACAGGGUGAAUAGUGAAUAUCACUGAUGGGUAAAUGAUUAAUACUUCACCAGUGGAAGAUGAAUAUAAGACACUAAAUAUUAGCUGUAGUAGAUGAAGGGAUUGACAGAGAAUUGAUUCAUUAUUUUAGUAAUUUUUCAGACAAAAAAAACACAUUUGCUGGUUCCAGCUUCUCAAAUGUGAGGG